AAUUGAAACAAUAAAUUGACGUUACGUCAUUCAAUAAAAAUGCCAGUUCAAAUUCAAGUAUAAGUGCACAGUUUUUGGAUAGAUUAGGAAAAUGAGCAGCCUCCGAAGCGCGAGUAGCCACACUUAUUAUUCCAACACGCGAUCUCAUCACAGCAAUGAUCAGGAACAUCAGUCCGUUCCACCCCUUCAAGUUAUUCUCGAGGAAAAGAAUCGUGUUAUUGACAAGCUCAAAAAACAAGUCCACAAUCAAAGAAUCCAGCUCGAGUUUUACAUCAAGAAGGAAAUGAACAGUCCACUUAUGGUAGAAUUUGCCAAAACGUGCUUACCUGAACUCACCGACGAUAAUAUGACCGUAGCUUUAGCUAUGAACAAAUUUUACAGAGAAUUAGGAAUGAAAAGCCGGAUAAUGGAGCUUUAUGACCGCGUCUGUAACAUUGCUGGCCGAACCAAUUGUAUUAUUCAGACUCAGGAAGUUAUUCUCAGUGAAAUCAUCUCAAACAUGAAGCAAUACAUGAGUCCUGCUGAAAUAAAAAAAUUCUUGGGGAACUUUGACAUCAACACAAACUAUAUCGAAAUAUUUAACAGUCUACUGGACACGACGAUAAGUUUAAAGAGUUCAAUGAACAGUUUUAGAAAAUGCUGUGAUCGCUUGAUCAACGCCGAAGAGAAACGAAACGAAAUUGUGGAGCAGGUUUAUUCUCUACCCCAAGAUGAACGCACUAUCUGCAACUACUUGGUCAACGUACAGAUGGAAAAAUGCGAAUUGGAAAACUUAGUUAAGCAACUCUCCAAAAAACGGAAAAUACUAGACCCCACCGUCGAUGAAAUCGACAUAAUCGAAAACAAUCUCAAGCUCCUUCAUGACAAUUUCGACAAUUUACAAGAGCAAGACGAAACUGAUUAUUGUGUCACAAAAAUGUUGGAGAAGGUUUACUCUCAAGCCAUGUCCCUUUUGUCACUCUCCCGUGAGCAGCGCGAGAAAUACAACAAAGAAGUGGAUCAACUCAAGGAGGAAAAUGAAAAACUGCGGGAAAUUAUCCAACACAUUGACAACAGAAGCUCAAGUGGAAAAUGCGUAACAGCCGAUUUGAACGACAUCGAAAAGCUACACAACGUCAUCAAGAAAACUAUAAGUGAGGCUCGCAAGUUCGAAAAGACGAAAACGGAAGAGCUGAAACAAAAGUCGCUAGAGUGCGAGAAUUUGAAAAAGAAAUUGAGCGAAGUGGUGUUGCAGAAGAGGCAGCUGCAGACUCUUCUGGAUUCGGAGAGCACAGAAGAGAAUGAGUUCAUACUGGAGCAUGAAAGUCCUAAUAGCAGCCUUUCCUAUAAAGCACAAGUGGAAAAUCUCCAAACGAUUUGUAGUGCGUACAGUGCGUAACGUGAAAAAUUAGUGUUUGUUAAAUAAAAUCGUCACGAAUCAUCAUUUAUUUCAAUUUUGUUAACACAGAACAAUAA